GAGGAGUGCCCGCUGCUCCCCGGUUUGGCUGGGUGCACGGUAGCACUUGGGCUUUUCCUUCUGAAACCGGGGGUAGAGGCCGGGUGCUUGGUGCUUCUCUGCUUCUUCUCUCCUGUGAAAGGACUGAGGGGCAUGAGAGAGGACAGUAACAAAUAGGACUGUACACCCGCCUUUCCUGCAGUUCCCCCACUGACCCACGACUGCGUCUGGCAGAGGCAGCAGUUCCUCGCAGAGAGCAGGCUCCGACCAAGGCCACAGGCCCUUCUUCCGUCACAGCCAGCCCAGGACCACCUCCCCUGAGGAGUGCGCCCACCAGCAGCCCUCACUGCCUGCAAAAUGUCCAGCCAGGAUUUGAGUAUUGCAGCAAAGCUCAUCAAUGGCGGUGUGGCGGGGCUCGUGGGGGUGACCUGUGUGUUUCCCAUCGACUUGGCCAAGACUCGACUGCAGAACCAGCAAGGAAAAGAUGUCUACAAAGGAAUGGUCGAUUGCCUGAUGAAGACGGCGCGGGCAGAGGGAUUCUUUGGCAUGUACCGAGGGGCUGCAGUGAAUCUGACCUUGGUGACUCCAGAGAAGGCCAUUAAGCUGGCUGCCAAUGACUUCUUCCGCCAGUUUCUGAUGGAAGAUGGGAAACAGCGGAAUCUGAAGAUGGAGAUGCUAGCUGGAUGUGGAGCAGGAGUAUGCCAGGUGGUAGUUACCUGUCCCAUGGAAAUGCUCAAGAUUCAGCUGCAGGACGCCGGGCGCUUGGCCACCCCUCCUCAGGGGUCGUCCUCAGUGCCUUCCUCCUCCAGGUCCUACACCACCGGCUCGGCAUCCACCCACCGGCGCCCCUCCGCUACUCUCAUUGCCUGGGAGCUGCUGCGUACCCGGGGCCUGGCUGGUCUCUACACGGGGCUGGGUGCCACUCUCCUCAGGGACAUUCCCUUCUCCAUCGUCUACUUUCCGCUCUUUGCCAACCUGAAUAACCUCGGCUACAGCGAGCUGACAGGGAAGGCUUCCUUUGCCCAUUCCUUCGCAUCGGGCUGUGUGGCUGGCUCCCUGGCCGCAGUCAUAGUAACACCUCUGGAUGUUUUGAAAACUCGAAUUCAAACCCUGAAGAAAGGCCUGGGUGAGGAGAGUUACAGCGGCAUCACUGACUGUGCAAGGAAAGUCUGGAUGCAGGAGGGACCAUCUGCAUUCAUGAAGGGAGCAGGCUGCCGGGCCCUUGUCAUUGCUCCACUCUUCGGCAUUGCCCAAGGUGUCUACUUCAUUGGAAUCGGAGAGCGGAUCCUGAAAUUCUUUGAAUAGAUGUAAUGCGGGCUCAAGCCCUUUGUACCUGGAACAGGAGGGCCCACCUACUCUCUUUUGCCUUUAACUUGUAGUGAUACCUCAUUGGAAGAAAGCACCUUAUUUUAAUAAUAGCCCGAGUCUACCCUACCCUUCCUGUGUGCGUGCAGAAUGAUAGCUGCAUUCACUUCCUCUGGGGCUGUACCUACCAGGGACCUUGAGAAGCCCCAACCUAACAAUGCUUCCUUUGGCUGGAUUAAUUGCAGAAGCUUAACAGGAAAGAUAGAAAGGUUCUUUCUACGUUUCUAUUUCAUCCUCAAACUCACUAUACUUGAGACAGUAUGAGCAUUUUAGUAUUGGUACUUCUAACUAAAAUGGAACAAAACAGACUUAGGGUUAGUUGAGCACUGGUUGACAGAGGAAGAAGGGUCAGAAGCUAAAGGAACAGUGAGAAGGUCAGCGUGAAGUCAGCACACCCUUCACUCAAAAACCUCGAAGCCUCCGCUGAGCAUCUGCAUCCAGGGUCGCCCCAUCCCAAACCCUCCUCUGGGCACAGGCACUGGCCAGCACCACGUUCAUGGGACACUGAAAUAAAGUUGACUAGUUUAGAAUCUCAUCUUCUUCUUUUUUUUUUUAAUUUUUAUUAGUGAAACACCAUGAAGUACAGUUGUAGACUUACAAAUUUUUGUGCGUGGGCUUCAAUUAUACAAUGAUCGAGUACCACUACUUCAGGAAAUAAAAGAGGACACGCGAAAAUGGAAAGAUAUCCCCUGAUCAUGGAUCAGGAGAAUUAACAUUAUCAAAAUGGCAAUACUUCCCAAAGCACUGUACAAAUUCAAUGUGAUCCCUAUAAAGAUACCCAUGACAUUCUUCAAAGAAAUGGAACAAACACUCCUGAAAUUCAUAUGGAACAAUAAGCCCCCACGAACAGCUAAAGCAAUUCUUGGGAAAAAAAGAAAAUGGGAGGAAUCAACCUCCCUAAUUUCAAACUCUACUACAAAGAGUCAUAAUUAAAACAGCAUGGUACUGGAACAAAGGCCGAGCUGCAGACCAAUGGAACAGGGUUGAAUAUACUGACAUCUCCCCCCCAAACAUAUGAUCAUCUAAUCUUUGACAAGGGAGCAAGAAAUGUGAAGUGGACCCAGGAAAGCCUCUUUAACAAAUUGUGCUGGCAAAACUGGAUGGCUACAUGCAAAAAAAGUGGGCUCAGAUCUUUGCCUAACACCAUGAAAGUAAAAUCAAAAUGGAUUAAAGACCUCAACAUCAGACCGGAAUCCAUAAGGUCCAUUGAAGAUAAAAUCUCACCUUCAAUUAGUAGAAAAAGCACACGGCUGCAAUGAUCAUCUGCCACAUUCUGUGCUUCAGAACCAACAAGCAAAAUGAGCACUGCUGGGUCCCCACUGCUUCUUCAGUUUGUUUAGCAGGGGGCAGGGCCGUCUCAGGAACACUUUAUAUUUCACUGUGGCGGGGUGGUGGGCACCUCAAACAGUAGUCAGUGCUUAUUCCCCCAGUGCCCUGGGAAGCAUAUGCAGUCUCCAGCUCAAGGGAUACAAUAUUUUUAAGUCAUAUUGUAUCUCCUCCCAUCCCUUUAAACACUGUUUUACAAAGAUGUUCAUGAUGUACUUGUUACAGGCAUUCAAUAUUCCAAUCCAAUGCCACCACCACCGUCACCUUCUUUCCCAACCACCCCUCGAGCUUGCCCCCAUAAGCAGGCCCAAAAAUAACUUAUUUCAUAUUGCUUGUUACCACUAAGUAGCUAAUGGAAUUAUCAAAAAAAAAAAACUUCCAGUAAAAGAAAACUUGUGAAAAUUAAUUUCACCAAGGGUAAACAUUAGGCCCCUGUCUGAGGGUUUACUAAGCUAUUGUUGCUAGCUGAGAUUCUAGUUUUUGUUUAUUGAAGUUAGUUUGCUUCUGUGUUACAUUUGGAGAUGCUGGGCUGUCCAGAAAAUCCAGAAUAUUUAACUGGGCAGUCAGCUUACAUGGCAGUGGUGGUGGAAUGUGCCAGGGCUUCCUGAGGACCCCAACCCAACUCCAAGAAGGUCUGGCAUUCUCAGCCCAACAAACCAGUGUACCCAAAACUUUAGGCAAUUGACAUCUCUGUGGAGCUCUGUUGUGAGGUGGAGUCCCGCCAUAGGCUUGGUGACAGCUGUUGUGCCAUUCAGUCUUUUCUUUUUGGGUUUUGGAGUCACACGUGGCAGUGCUCAGGGGAUGUGAACCAGGGUUCCGGCUGCUGUAGUUGUAUGCAAGGUCUUUACCAUUCUCACCAGGCCAGAUUUUAAUAUUUGAUUAAAUCACUUCAUCAUUCGGGGAUAGGGUGCCUUCAGCAGGUCAAUCUGUACCUGUGUGCCAAGUGCAUCAGCAGCCUGAUGGCGCCUUCAGACUUCCAGAUACCUCAAAAUUGCUGAUGUGCCUUUGGCCAGACCCCAAAAACUUGGGGCAAAAUUUACCAAGAAAGUAAAUGGCCAAAAAUUAGGUAUGUGGGAGACACACUCACAAGUCACCUCGGGAACAGUUAUAUAAUUGGAGGCACGGCCUCUCUGGUUCCUGAUUGAACUGCUUAAUGGCCAUGAUCCCAGAGACUCAGAAACAAAUCUCGAUACCCAAUGGUUUUUAGCAGAAAUGCAUCCAGUCCCUACAGUAGGUUACUGGCACUGAGCUAACCCAGGUGGGAAUAGGUUUCGUGCCUUGGCCUAUUCCCCCUGGCGGCCCGGAUGGCCGCCAUCCUCCAGAGGCCACUGGACAGUCAUGUUUGGUUGCUCAGUGAUAAGACACAUGAGGCCUCACGGGAUGGGGGUGGAGCUGGCCCUUUCCUCCCCACCCCAAAGAGACCCCGAGUUACCACCCAUGAACAGCCUCUCUGGCUCCUGAUCAAGCUGCUUAACGGCCAUGAUCCCAGAAACUCAGAAACAAAUCUCAGAACCCAGUGGCUUUUGGAAGAAAUGCAUCCGGAACCCACAGUCAGUUACUGUCAUCGGGCCACCCCAGGGGGAAAGGGUGUUGUCCCUCUGCCUGCUCCCUCUAGGCGGCUCAGUGGCCACCAUCCUCCAGAGGCCACUAGACAGUCAGGUUUGGGCCCUCAGUGACAAGACACAUGGGGCCUCACGGGAUGGGGGUGGAAUCAGCCCUUUCCUCCCCACCCCAACGAGACCACGAGUCGCCGCCCAUGAACAGCCUCUCUGGCUCCUGAUCAAGCUGCUUAAUGGCCAUGAUCCCAGAGACUCAGGAACUAAUCUUGGAACCCAGCAGGUUUUGGCAGAAAUCCCUCCAGAUUUAAGUGUUUAAAUUUCAGAAUUUCAAAAUCGCGCAGCCACUACUGCAGCCACGCGACAUCAUGUUAUUCUUAACCAGCAAUAGAAAACAAAUUGUCUACUGUUGCCUUUUCAGCAGAUCUGAGUGUUGGGGUAAAAUUCCAAGUAAUAAUGGUGGGUCUGGUGUCAAACUAUUGAAUGUGAUCAAAGUAGAGAGAGAGUAAUGUGAAAAUCAUCUGCUCCACAGGCAGGGGGAGGGUGUGGGAUGGGGGAACACUGAAGUUUUUGGUGGUGGAGAAUGGGCACUUGUGAAAUACGGAUGUUUUAUUGUAUGACCGAGACUUAAACCCGAAAGCUUUCUAACUGCUCUCAUGGUGAUUAAAUAAAUAAAAUUAUAAAA